AUUUUAUUUCCCUUGUGUCUGCUAAAUAAAACAAGAUUCUGACUCCUCUAUGAAAUCUUGCAGAACUUCUCUUGGAACAUCUAAGAAAACAACUGUCAUGGCAAAUACUAUCGAACGAGAUAGGAGUUUGCCAACCGGAAAUCAUAAUGCUGUACAACUACAUGGGACCGUUGCCAGACUAGCAAAUAUUCUUGAAAAGGUGAAAAAUUUAAAUUCAGAAUUUAUUCAACUGAACACAUCAACGCAAGUAGAGCUCCAGGCCAUUGCUGAUGCAGCUACAGCAGCCCUUCAGAAAUUCCAGAGUGCUCGCAUUGUGAUGAAUGUUUCAAUAGCUGAUGUUCACCAAGAAAUUAUGAGCCUUUGUUCAGAGCUGGCUUCUGUCGAACAACCGAGCAACCUGUUAGCAAGCUCUAGUGCACCAACAACCAGGACCUCCAGUUCUCCUGUAGGACCCAAUACCUCUUCUGUAGUGGCAAGCGUUCAUGAGGAUUCAUCUGGUACUUCAACGCUUACCCAAGGUACAGCAUGUCCAAUGAUGCAAGGCCAAGUUAUUUCUACCAAUCCAACUGUGCCACUUCAGAGCUUAAUAGUUCCUGUACCCUUAGAGCAGGGCCCCGAGAGGGUUCCACCUCAACAUUCAAACGAAUCAAGUGGAGAUGAUGUACCUAGUCCUAGGAUUGGUGCACCUCCUCAGUCAAUUUCUCCAUCCAGUCAACCUAUGCCAGAGUCAGAUGUGUUACUGAAGCAUCCUCUACCAGCUUCCCUUAUGAGUUCUGCUGAUCCACCUUUAACAAAAGAUGAUGAUGAUGUUUUCUACAGCUGUGGUGGCGCAUCAGGCAUUGAUUCAAGUUUCAGUCCUAGCAGACAAUCUCCAGUCAUCUCUGAGUCUAUCAGGGCAUUAUCUAGUUUGUCAACUAAAAGACCAGCAGAACAUUCUAGUUCCAUAUCUGAUGAAACAGAAGCUGAGGAGUCAAGCUCAGAAGAUGAAAAUGUCGCACUGCAUAUUGUUGAGUCCAAAAAAUCUGAUCUGGAACGCCAACGUCAAGAGGACUGUAAGGAGGGAACAUCAUGGAAUUAUGAUGAUGCUGGAAAGUUCCACGAGAGUCAACCAAGAAAAAGACGAUCUAAACGAGCCAAAUCUCCCACAAGCCUCAAUGAAGAUGAAAGUCGUAGAAAUAGUUUCGCCACUCCCUCGCUGUUAAACUUAAAUAUAAGUCCGUCUGCGUUGGAAAAUAUUGAAAGCACUCCAACUCCAAACCAUGCAAUCAGAGACUGCUUUGUGGCCUUAGAACGGCUUCCAAGCAAUAUAAUAUCUGGCAAUCCUCCAGUGAAUUGUACGGACAAAAAAAAGAAAUGCACAGCUCCAGAGGUACCACCAAGGUACCACCUCCGCCCGAGAACAAAAGCUGCACCAGACAACUUACAGGAGCCAAAAUUGGGACCAAGGAAGAGGAGACAGUAACUUUUAUCUAUGGAAAGUCUUUCUUCCAUUGUUUGGUUCACUCAGGAAUUUUUUGUGAGUAAAAUCAAAUGUGCUCACAAGCAAAGACUAAAUUGUUCUCCAGAAAACUGGAAACUUGAAAUUGCUUUUUACUUUCAGGUAUUAUUUGUUAGUUUAUACUCUGUUGGAGCACAAUACCUUUGUGAUACAUCCUAACACUAAAAUAUUUUUAAAAUUAGAUGCACACUAAAUGUGUAGCAUUGGUUUUUAUGCAAUAUAAAUUUACUAUCUCAGAAUAGAAUUUGAUCAUUCAGUUACAUUUUUUAUAA